AAUUGAUUGAUUGGAACUAUGUACAGGACCUUUUGAAAUUGAUAAUUUGAUUCUCAUCAAGUGGUGCAUCAGGUUGAGCUGAUGAAUCAAUACUCAAAUCAUCAAGUCAAUUAUUAUUAUUAAAUAAUAUUUUGAUAAUAAUAGUUAUAGGUGUUUUUUUUUAUUUAGACUGUUGAGUAUGGAUCUGAUGGAUCUGAUUAAAAUGUGUGUCACCCUUCUUACUUAUAUGAUAUGUUAACACACAAUAAUAAAAAACUUUUUUGUAAAGCAACGCGCGCAGAAAUCAAUGGUAUUAAGAAUUUUUUUUCCUCUCCCUCAAGACUUGCGCUAACGUUACUAUUAAAAAUAAUAAAAAUAAAUAGUACACUAUUUUUUUGAGAUAAAAAAAAAAAUCAUCACAGUGAAAUUAAAUUGAAAAAUAUCAAAAAAUAGUUGAAUAUAGUUGAUUAAAAAUGUGUACAUAUUGUUAUUGAUUCAAUAAAUUUGAAUAAUAACAAUAAAUAUAAAUAAUUAUUGAAAUAAUCCAAGAAUGGAUGAAAAUUUAAGUCGUGGAUACGUUCAAUUGAGUAAAGCCAGAGGAAUGAAUGAAUUUAAAUUCAACAAUGAUUUUGCCCACAUAACACCACCAGUGGAUCGUUAUAAUUUUAUUUAUUUUUCUCUUGUUCUUGCUGGUGUUGGAUUUCUUUUGCCUUACAACAGUUUUGUGAUUGCAGUUGACUAUUUUCAAGCUCGUUAUCCAGGCACAACAGUUAUAUUUGACAUGUCAAUAGUCUACAUAACAAUGGCAUUUGUUUCAGUAUGUGCAAAUAAUAUAUUGAUUGAAACAGUAUCAUUAAAUACUAGAAUAACAUUUGGCUAUUUGGUAUCAGUUGUUACAUUAAAUUUUGUUGUUGUAUCAGAAAUAUGGUGGGAAUUUUUUGGUAUGGCAACAUCAUAUACAAUAAAUUUAAUAGCUGUUGCUGUUGUAUCUGUUGGUUGUACAAUUCAACAAUCAAGUUUUUAUGGUUACACAUCAAUGCUACCAAGUCGUUAUACACAAGCUGUUAUGGCUGGUGAAAGUGCUGCUGGUUUUUGGGUAUCAAUUAGUAGAAUAUUAACAAAAUCAUUAGUUGCUGAUGAACGUGGUAAUACAUCAAUGUUUUUUGCAUUAUCAAUAAUAUCAAUAUGUUUAUGUUCAGUUCUACAUCGUAUUGUUAGAAAAACUGAAUUUGUACAAUUUUACAUAACAAUGUGUCAAGAAAAAAAUAAAAUAACACUUGAACCAACUGAAGAUGUUGGAUUAAUGGAUCCACUUGAUCAAACAUCAAAUAUUGAUGGACAAAAUAAUAAAGGACAAUAUGGAAUAUUAAAAUUACAAACAAGUCCAUUACAAGAUUCAUCAUCGUCAACAGCAGCAGCAGCAACAACAACAACAAAUGAUUCAGCAUUUUCAUUUAGUAAUCCAGUUUAUGAACCAAAUGGUCCAUCAAUUUGUGUUGAUACUACUGCUGCUGCUGCUGCUGCUGGACCAACUUAUAAAGUUGAAGAUGUUGUUAUAAUACGUGGUUCAUAUGGUAGUCAGGGUAAUGUAAAUAAACCAUGGUCAGGAAUAAAAAAAGGUUUAAUGGCACGUGCUGAAGUUGCUAAAUUAAUAUUUCCAUAUAUGGCAAGUAUUGGUGUUGCAUAUUUUGUAACACUUUGUCUUUAUCCAGGUAUUGUUUCAGAAAUAAUAUCAUGUAAAUUUAAAUCAUGGAUGCCAGUUAUACUUAUGGCAACAUUUAAUGGUGCUGAUUUACUUGGUAAAAUAUUAGCAUCAAUACCAUAUGAAUGGACAAGAGGACAACUUGUUUAUUUUUCAAUAGCAAGAAUAAUAUUGAUACCAUUAUUUUUACUGUGUGCAAUACCGAGACGUGCACCAGUAUUAUCUGGUGAAAGUUAUCCAUUAUUGUUAUCAUGGUUGCUUGGUUUAACAAAUGGAAUUGUUGGUAGUGUACCAAUGAUUCAAGCACCAAGUAAAGUACCAGAACAACACAGAGAACUUGCUGGUAAUAUUAUGACACUUUCAUAUACAACUGGACUUACUAUUGGAUCAUUGUUGGCUUAUAUUCUUGAUGAUAGUUUAACUGAUAAUCUUGGUAGACCCAUUACCAUUAGACAAGUUUGUCCAAGAAUACCAAGAACAUUUAAAAAUAUAUUUACAAAUAUAACAACAACAACAAUUAAAACAUCAACAACAACAACGACUCCACGUAGUUUAACUACGCUAUUUGCUAAUGCAACUCUUUCAACUUUUAAAAGCAUCAACAAAAUUCCAAUACUCAAAACAACAACAACAACAACAGCAACAACUGCUAUGACAACAAUUGCAUUGACAACAACAGCUGUUAUUUCAAAUACAACUGUUGCUGGAAUUUUUGAUGCUGCUAGUAAUUCAAGCACCACCACCACCAUGAUGACUGAUGUUGUUGCCAACAUCACUUCAAGCAUUAGCAAUUCAAUUCUUCCUCAUUAAUUUAUUUAUACCAAUUAAAUUUUAUAUAUAUAUAUAUAAAUUAUUUGUCAAUGUAAAAAAAUUGUUAUUAACACUGUUGGGAUUUGUGAGGUAAAUCAAAUUGUUUUUUUUUUUUUUUUCCCUGGAUUUGAUCAACCUCUUUGAUAGAGAGAGAGAAACAGUUAACAGAGAGAGUUGUAUUUUUUUAAAACAAACAAAACUGAAUUAAAAAUGAGAUUAAUAUAAUAUAUAUGUACAUGCACAGAAAUUGAACAGUUGAUUUGAAAAAAAAAAAUACAGAAGCCCUAUAUGUAUAUUAAAAUAAAAAUAAUUUGUCAAUUUAAAUAAAUUUAUGAGCGCAAGACAAAUAAUUACAAUUUAAGUAAAUAAAUUAUUUCGUUACAACAUAUCUUCGUAAAUUAUAUAUAUAGGUAUAUAUUGUUUUUUGUUUUUAGUAUUUAAUGAACAAUAAGCCCUACUUGUGAAAACAUUAAAAUUAUUAUAUUAUGCCAAUAAUAACAACAGGCAUUAUUAAAUUAUUCAAGUCGAUAUGUACAAAUAAAAUAAAUCUACUUUGACUUAUUAAAUUA